AUUUAUACAUUAAAAAAUACUACUAUAUGACUUACUACUUUGUAGCAGUAAGGGCAUCUAGUCUAGGACGUGAGCAGCAGAGGAGAGCAGACCCACCAACGCGAAACAUGACCGUUAUACUCCUCCGCAACGUUCCAAAUUCCCAGAUUUUAAAUUCUUCAUUUGCUGCCGACCGUUGAGCCUCACCUCACCUCUCAUCACCACCGCUCCCCAUUUACUUCACUCACGCAAUCCACCUCCACAGCUAAAACAAAAGGGAAAAUUUACCCGUUUCUUGGAUUCAUUGAUUCAUCCCCCUUUUCAAGAAAGCAGAUUAUGGCGGCCUUGGCACCGGGGAUUCUGUUGAAGCUCUUGGACGGGAUGAACACGGGGCUGAAGCCGACGAGCGAGCACCGGAGCUCGCUCGUGCAGGUCACCGACAUCGUCCCGGCGGAUCUCGACGAGAAGAACCUGCUUCCGAAGCACGGCUUCUACAUCAAGGUCUCUGACUCCUCGCAUUCCAUCUACGUCAGCCUUCCCUUCGACCAAGACGAUCUCGUCAUGAGCAACAAGAUGCAGUUGGGCCAGUUCAUCUACGUCGACCGCCUCGACCCGGGAUCGCCCGUCCCUGUCGUCAGGGGCGCCAAGCCCCUCCCUGGCCGCCACCCGCUCGUCGGCACGCCGGAGCCGCUCAUGGGCCUCAGGGCCAAGGGCGAGAGGACCGCCGCCAAAUUCUCCGCCCCCAAAAGGGCUUCGUGGGAUACCGGGAGUGACGCCGUCGAAUCGCCCAGGAUUUUGAAGCCGGUGCCCUUGGAUUUUGAUCAGUGUACGCCGGUGAAGGAGAGGCCGCCCAGUGCGGUCAAAUUCUCCGGGAAUUUUCAGAUGUCGCCGGCGAUCAGAGGGCGGGCGAUGAGGGAUGGGAGCGCCGUCAGGUCCUCGGCCGGCGGCGCUCUCCUAUCGAAAAUGAUGGAGACGCCGAUGAUGAGGAAGAGCUGCGUCAUCACGCCCUCUGUGUCUCGAAGCAGAAGUGUUUGCGACAGAAAGCAACGGAUUUCCAAGAGUCCCUUCAACUUAGCUGAGAAAAGGAGUUCGACUCCGCCUCCAUCGUUCGCCGCCGCAGAUUCGAAGCCCAAGAAUAGCUCAAACCCUCAAAUUCCAUCUGAUGAUUCAAAUUCCAUAAGCACAAGUAUUCACAUGAAUCUACCUGGAAAGCUCAGCAGUCUUGGAAAGGAGGCCGUGCAGCAGCGGGAAACAGCGCAGAAGAUCGCACUUGAAGCGCUACGAGACGCAUCCGCAACAGAGAAUCUCGUUCGCUCUCUCAAGGUAUUUUCAAACUUGACAAAAAAAGCAAAAGUAGAUUCCCCAGCAGCCUGCUUCGAUCAAUUCCUGGACUUCCACGCCCAAAUUCUACAAGUAGUGGCAGAAAUGACAUCCAUUCAAGCAGCAACCGCUGCUACCGAAAGAUCAAAAACAGAAGAAAGUAGAGUUCUAAAUGAAAUAGCCCCCAACUCAAUGGAGCGAAUGGAGCAUCAACCAAGCUCAGAUUCCAUUGCGUCCAAACGAGCUUCACAAAGGUCAGUGUUGGGGAAGCAUUUAAGAUCGUCAACCCUGAACCAGAAGGACGAGAACACAAAACCGGCAUCUUCGUCUUGCAGCCUGUCCAGCUCCAUCAGACUGGGAAAGCAGAUCGAGACUGAAGCGGGUAACUGGUUCAUGGAAUUCUUGGAGAAAGCGUUGGAGAAAGGAAGCAGAAAACCCAAAGGAACAGCAGAAACAGAUGCUCACAAACUUCCUCAGUCUCUUAUACUCAAAGUCAUAAACUGGGUAGAAGUGGAACAGAGUGACCCAAACAAAAGGCCAGUGCACCCUAGGGCUUCAAUCAUAGCUAGGAAGCUAAGGAUUAAGAUGAAGAACCCCUGAGUUCAAAUCAAGAUUAAUUCAUGGGAAAAAUAUUUCUGUUAUAUAUGAGUGUGAUCAGAUUACAGCUGCUAUAAAAUUACAUCUCUAUUUUUUUUA